GGGGCUGCAAGGCCCAGCAAUCUGGACACAGGCCAAGAAGUCAAGAACUGUUGAAGCUGUGCUCUCCACUCUCCUACUGACACCAGAGACCACCCAGCCCAGCCAAACCAUAUGGCCUCUUGGUUUCCUGAUGUAUGAGGCCUCCCGCCGGCGCCUGAGGAGCGGAGCAACCCCUCCGGCCCCGGGUGCUGCCCAGCUGGCCUAGGCUGGCAGCCGCGCCAUGGCCAGCACAGCCGUGCAGCUCCUGGGCUUCCUGCUCAGCUUCCUGGGCAUGGUGGGCACGCUGAUCACCACCAUCCUGCCGCACUGGCGGAGGACAGCACACGUGGGCACCAACAUCCUGACGGCCGUGUCCUACCUCAAGGGGCUAUGGAUGGAGUGUGUGUGGCACAGCACGGGCAUCUACCAGUGCCAGAUCUACCGCUCCCUGCUGGCACUGCCCCGCGAUCUGCAGGCCGCCCGAGCCCUCAUGGUCAUCUCCUGCCUGCUCUCUGGCGUGGCCUGCGCCUGUGCGGUCAUCGGCAUGAAGUGCACGCGCUGUGCCAAGGGCACGCCCGCCAAGACCACCUUCGCCAUCCUGGGUGGCGUCCUCUUCAUCCUGGCCGGCCUCCUGUGCAUGGUAGCCGUGUCCUGGACCACGAACGACGUGGUAGAGAACUUCUACAACCCACUGCUGCCCAGCAGCAUGAAAUUCGAGAUUGGCCAGGCCCUGUACCUGGGCUUCAUCUCCUCGUCCCUCUCGAUCAUUGGGGGCACCUUGCUCUGCCUGUCCUGCCAGGACGACGCACCCUACAGGCCCUACCAGGCCCAGGCCAGGGCCACCACCGCCACCGCGGCCACUGCCCCUGCUUACCAGCCACCGGCUGCCUUCAAGGACAACCGGGCCCCCUCAGUGACCUCAGCCUCACACAGUGGGUACAGGCUGAACGACUACGUGUGAGUCCCCAGGGCCUCCCCCUCCCCAGGGUGGCUGUCAGGGCCACUGGCCGCCCCUGCGGAACUGUGGACAGGGCCGCCCCCGGUUCCAGCACAAAGUUUACUUCGGGGCUAUUUUUGAAUCCAGUGAAAUAAUGUGAACAUGAGGAAUGUCCUUCCAACCCGGGGAAUAAGGAGAAACUAAGAAGAGAAAGCACUCCAUACCAAAGACUAAAAUAAAACAAACCCCUUCCUGUUUUUGUAUUUAUUAUAUGUAUUUAUGUGGGUGAUUUAAUAGCAGCUUAAUAAAAAGUAACUUGGGAGCUUGGUCAGUGGGAUUUGUUUCUGACACAGGAAUAAAUCUUGUGGACGUGGCCGUUUGUGAAA